AUGAUCUCCACACUUCAGAAAACUCUUCGACCGGUGUUGGCUGUCAGAGGACUGCAUCAGUCUGCAAUCGAAGUUUUGAAGCGCCCAACCCCUGAGGACACGGUCACAGCCAGCUUUGGGAGGUUCAUCAGUGAGAUUAAGUCCCAUCACUUGUCCCCCGUCGUCCUCCACCGCAGCAAAAGGAUGGUGCUGGACAGCAUCGGGGUCGGUCUGAUUGGCAGCACGACGGACGUGUUUGAAUUGGCCCUGCAGCACUGCCAGUGCAUGUACGCUCCUGAUGACAUCAGCUUUGUGUACGGACGCAGAGGAGCCAAACUAUCCCCGACACUGGCAGCUUUUGUCAAUGGAGUGGCAACUCACUCCAUGGACUUUGAUGAUACGUGGCACCCUGCCACUCAUCCCUCUGGAGCAGUCCUCCCUGCUGUGUUAGCACUCAGCGACAUGAUGCCGUCUAACAGCAAACCUAGUGGCCUGGACUUCCUGCUGGCUUUCAAUGUCGGCAUAGAGAUCCAGGGGCGACUGAUGAGGUUCUCUAAUGAGGCCAACAACAUCCCCAAGAGGUUUCACCCUCCCAGCGUGGUCGGGACAAUGGGGAGUGCAGCUGCCUGUGCUCGCCUCUUGUCCUUGGAUGACACGCAGUGUAGUCAUGCCUUGGCCAUAGCUGCUUCUCUGUCUGGAGCCCCGAUGGCUAACGCUGCCACGCAGUCUAAGCCCCUUCACAUUGGCAACGCCUCACGUUUGGGGCUGGAAGCUGCUCUGCUGGCCUCCCGAGGCCUAGAGGCCAGUCCUCUGGUCCUGGAUGCUGUGGCAGGGGUGGCCGGCUUCAGUGCUUUUUAUGAAGACUACGUGCCACAGCCUUUAGAAUCACCCAAUGAUGGUGGCCAUUCAUUCCUGCUAGAGGAGCAGGACAUGGGCUUCAAGCGCUUCCCUGCCCAUCUGGGGAUGCACUGGGUGGCAGAUGCUGCGGCCUCGGUCCAUAAGGUCCUCGUAGGAGUUGGUCCUGGCACCAUCUCCCCAGCUCAGGUCCAGGAAAUCCAUCUCAGAGUCCCAAAAUCAAAGUACAUCAACAGACCUCUUCCUGAGUCUGAGCAUGAGGCACGCCACUCCUUCCAAUUCAACGCUUGCAGCGCUCUCCUUGAUGGCGAGGUGACUGUGCAGUCCUUCACACCCGCUGCCAUGAGCCGCCCUGAGCUGCUAGCUCUGCUGAGCCGUGUUCACGUGGAGCAUCCCGACGACAACCCGGCCAAUUUCAAUCGCAUGUACGGCGAAGUGCAGGUGAAACUUGUUGGAGGAGACAUCCUGACGGGACGGUGUGACACCUUCUACGGCCAUUGGCGCAACCCGCUGUCCAAUGAGAGCUUGGCGAAGAAGUUCAGAAACAACGCAGGGAUGGUGCUUCCUUCAGAAAAAGUGGAGAGUUUGAUUGAUGUGGUGGAGGAGCUGGACAGAAUCGGGGACAGCACGGCUCUUCUGUCACAGCUGCAAUGA